AUGGCGGCGCGGGGAGGCGGCGCGGGGGGCGCGGGCCCGGAAUCCGGACCCCGUGCCGGGGCGGAGGGAGAGGCCGCGGAGCCCGCGCUGCGCCCGGGGGAGGUGGCCACGCUGCACCCUCAGGAGGUGGCCGCGCGGCUGCAGCGGAUGCGACGGGAACUGAGCAACCGGCGGAAAAUCCUGGUGAAAAACCUGCCCCAGGACAGCAGCUCCCAGGAGGUUCAUGAGUUAUUACAGGACUAUGAGCUAAAGUAUUGCUAUGUGGACAGGAAUAAACGCACAGCUUUUGUUACCUUACUGAACGGGGAGCAAGCGCAGAGUGCGAUCCGGAGGUUCCACCAGUUUUCCUUUCGAGGCAGAGAGUUGAGCGUGCAGCUGCAGCCCACGGAUGCCCUGCUGUGCAUCACCAACCUGCCCGUCUCCUUCACCUUAGAAGAGUUUGAAGAGCUCGUCCGGGCGUACGGGAAUGUCGAGAGGUGCUUUCUGGUUUACAGUGAAGUUACUGGCCACUCCAAAGGCUACGGGUUUGUGGAAUACAUGAAGAAGGACUUCGCGGCCAAGGCCAGACUGGAGCUGUUGGGCCGGCAGCUGGGCGCGUCGGCGCUGUUUGCACAGUGGAUGGAUGUUAAUCUCUUGGCCUCGGAGCUCAUCCAUUCCAAGUGCCUUUGUAUAGACAAACUCCCCAGUGACUACAGGGAUUCAGAAGAGCUCUUGCAACUUUUUUCCAGUGUCCAUAAACCUGUGUUCUGCCAGCUUGCACAGGAUGAAGGCGGUCAAGACAGUUGCUUUGCAGUGGUCGAAUAUAGCACCGCGGAGCAUGCCGAAGAGGUUCAGCAGGUGGCAGAUGGCAUCACCAUCAAGGGGAGCCAAGUCCAGCUGUCCUUCUGCGCCCCAGGAGCGUCAGGGCGAAGCACUCUAGCGGCCCUCAUAGCGGCUCAGCGCGUGAUGCACAGUAACCGGAAGGGAUUACUGCCAGAGCCAAAUCCAGUACAGAUUAUGAAAAGUUUAAACAACCCCGCCAUGCUACAAGUUCUUCUGCAGCCGCAGCUGUGCGGACGAGCGGCGAAGCCAGUUCUCGGAGUCGCACCCAGCUUGUCUCAUCUGCUGAGUCCGUCCCUCCCCUCCGCGCUGUUGCACUUCAGUAAAGCACAGCAGAACUCGGCUGUGGGUACCGCCUCGCCCUUACUCCUUCAGAGUCUGUCUCACAUACCCCUGGUACAGCCACAGUUGGUGAAGUUUGACAGUGCCCACACCAACAACAAGCCUGGCUUGCUGGGAGAGCCUCCUGCCAUGGUGCUGCAGCCUGCCCUAGCAAUAGGGUCAGCGCUCCCACUGAAAAUGGACCUGGGACAACAUGGAGAAGCACACAAAACAUCUAAUCUGAUUCCACCUCAAACGACCCUGGCAGCCGGGCUGGGCAUGUUGCCAUUCUUCCCACAACAGCUCCCUGCUGGGCAAGCCAGGCCGGGGCGUGGGACCCCUCAGGAGAAGCAGUCAGCCUCAGCGAGCAUCAGCGAAGCUACUUUCUCGGGGUUGAAGCAUUAUCUGCAGACCUUCCCCGGCCUUCCCACUGGAGGCCCACUGACAGGUCACCAGAAGACACAGCAAAGCCAGCCAAAAGGCACAGAGGCUGCCUCUAAGAAUCAGACUUCACUCUUGGGAGAACCACCAAAAGAAAUUCGGCUCAGUACAAAUCCGUAUUUGAAUUUGGCAAGUGUGUUACCCAGUGUGUGCCUAUCUGCUGCAGGGAAAGGCAUGCCACAGAAGACUGGAAUUGCAAGCAACAUUCUGGACGCGAUCUCUCAGGGAAGUGAGUCCCAGCCCACACUGGAGAAGUGCAUCACUCAUUCUCCACCUUUCGAGGAUUAUGCCCAGGUAUCUUCUCUGAGAAAUGAGAAGCGAGGCUCCUCCUAUCUCAUCUCUGCCCCAGAAGCGGGCCCAGUAGAAGUGGCUGGCCAGCACCCUCAGGACACAGGCGUGAGCUACACAGAGACCUACUUGAAAAAGAAGCGUGUGUACUGAGCUGGGUGGCUCCUGCCACCUGCGGCGGUGCUCCGGAGGGGCUGCUGCUCAUCGCUGCCUUAACUUCAUUCACACUAGCCAUAUCCUUUCAAUACGGGUUUCUGACUUCCUAAAAGGAACUGUCAUGCAGCAGGCAGAUCAGCCAAAUACCCGACUAGCAAUAAGAAACGUCACUGGCUGAGGGCAUUUCCCACUAGCAUUACAUGUGUCUUAACCCAUGUGGUAACGACUCUGCUCACCAGAAACUCAGCAUUCCAAUAGUCCUUGUUUCGGGCCUGGGAACAAUUUUGACAUCAUAUAUGAGUCUGAAGCAAUAAAUGGGAAACUGUUGUUUCCUUAGCCUUAGGAUGAAUUUAUCAGCCGAUGUGCAUUUACCAUACUCUCCCUAGAAUACCCUCAUCUGUCUGUCCUCAUACUCCAAGGGCGGCAGUCCCACCCAUGCAGGGGCGAUACUAGACAGACGCUCUCGUGUUGACGCCAUUAGCGCCACAAGGCCACUCAGUACCAACUCAGUGCAGAGUGACGGCAACAUCACUUCAGAUGUUUAACCUAUGAGGUGUCACUUACAAUUUAUACCUUUUGUGGAAACAGUAUUACAGGAAAAGUAACUUCGGUUAAAUAAAUGCAAGGGUUAGCAAAGUACAGACGAGGGCCACAUGGAAUCCUCCACCUAGCUCUGUGUUGCCCGUGGACCAGUGAUUACAUGUCUACAUGUCUGGAGCUAAGGGAGAACUUCAACACGGAACUGCGAUUUCAUUGUCCCCAAGAUUGCAUUUGGAACACAGUGAAGCGCACUCAUUUACACAAUGGGAACAGAGAGCCUCUCCCAUCCUUCCUAAGGUUUGCUGACCUGUCUCCCUAUUCCUUUUAUCUAUGUAAGACAUGUGGAUGGCAUGGAGGCUAGGUUUCUAUGCCAUUCCACAGCAUACAGGAGUGAAGGUCUCAUUAGACAGGGCCAUGACAUGGCAGAGCUGUCCACACCGCCACUUCUGAGGGAGUAUAUGGGACAAUUCUGAGCUAAUAAGCUCUACCUCACUCUGGUUUAUUAGUCAUUCUUUGGUAGUUAAGCUGAGAGACAAUGGAUAUUUAAUCCAAUUUACUUCUGAAAGAAUGUUUGUCUUUAUUAAUGUGACUUUUGACCUCACCAUUUUCUGAAGAUCUUAGUGUUGAGAGGGACCUUUUUUCCAUCUAGAAAUGUCUGUUUGUUCAUCGUAAAGAGACUCUAACCAAUAAAGUUUGGGGUCUCAGUGAUCCUAGUCUGUAGGAUCAGAUCAUUAAAAUACCUUAUUUGGGGGACUUAUCAUUUUUGACUACGAUAUAGAUCUCCAGCAUUAAUUGUAAUGUCUAAAACUGCUACAUGUUAUAUGCUUUAUAAUGAAUAUUAGUUGGGCUAACUUAUUACAUAUACCAGCUUCCACUGAAAAAUGACAGCUGAAAAUUUAAGACAAUCCUAAGCAUACUACCUAUAAAUGACUGACCACUAUGAGGCACACAGCAGAUGACUAAUGGCUUGUCCAUGCCCUGCACUUCCCCUGCCUUUUGCUGUCUUCACGUGAACGGAGCAUGGGAAGGAUUGUGACUGCUACAUUGGAGCUGUAAAGUGAGGAGGAAACAGCAGAGGGAAUGUAAAGACGCUUUCCAUUACAUGUGGGUCCUCCUCCAUACCAGCCUGUGCCCAUUAUUACUGGACAGAAGAGAAGUGCAAAUCAAGUGACGUUAGUACAAGGUCAUUACAACCAACCCCCAGAAAUCUAGGCUGUUAUUUUUCUAUGUCACCUAAUGUUUUGAAAUGUUUCAAAAUGCAAGCUUAAUAUUAAAAGGCAUAUGCAUGUGAA